GUAGUUAGCGGUGGCAGCCAUCUUGAAUCGAGAUGACUUAAUUCAGACGUCAAUCAUUUGUAGAUAUACGUCCUGUCACUGUUUUUGUUUCCUCUGAUUCAUGAGCUGUUUUGUUAGCAGAAGAACUUUGUUAGUGGAUAAUAAAUAYACAACACUGACACAAGUUUUAUCCUCUUGAUUUAGGUCAUGGCAGAUUUUUCGCUAUCCGAUGCUUUAGGAGACGACACACCAAGCAAAGCUAAAAAAAUCGGCAACACAAAUCCUUCUGUGCCUGCCAGCAACCCUCCACCUCCUUCAAACCCAGGAUGGCCCGGUUCUGCCCCCGGAGCUCCCAGUCAGCCCUCAGCACCGGCUGACUUCAACAGUGGGAUGUCUGGCCCUGGGGCCCCGGGGCCAUUUUCAUACCCCUCUGGUCCAGGAGCACCAGGACCAUAUCCAGGACCUCCUUCAGCACCUGGUGGAUUCCCUGCUGGUCCUGGAAUACCUGGGCAGUAUCCACCUGUACCAGGAGCUCCAGGUCAGUUCCCGUCCGGUCCCGGGGCACCUGGACAGUUCCCUGGGCAGUAUCCAUCAGAAGGGGCUCCAGGACAGCUGCCUGGAGGUCCAACUCCUUACCCAGCUGGUCCGUUUCCUUCUGGCCCUGGAGCUCCUCCCGGACCUUAUCCGAAUGUGCCUUUUCCUGGUGCUCAGCCACCAGGAGGGAACGGGUUAUAUGGACCAGGAGGUCCUGGUGCAUUCCCACCUCCAGCCGGUCCUGGGUCUUUUCCAACAUUCCCUUCUGGUGGGUUUCCCCCAAUGCCACCUGGGUCAUGGGGUCCUGCAGGUGGAGGAUUCCCACCUGCUCCUGGCCACUUUGGUUCCGGACCUGGGCCUAUGGGUCCGUAUGGGGGCCCAGCUGGACCAGGAGGCACAUUGAUGGUGCCUUAUGAUCUCCCCCUUCAUGCUGGAAUCAUGCCGCGACUUGUGAUCACGAUAAUCGGAGAGCCUCUUCCUGGUGCAGACAGGUUUAAAGUUGAGUUCAUCAAAGGUUCAGACAUCGUCUUUCACCUCAACCCUCGGUUUCUUGAACAAACCAUCGUCAGAAACUCACACCUUGGAGGUUACUGGGGCCCAGAGGAACGUGAAGGACCCUUCCCCUUUGUUGAGGGACGCCGUUUUGAGCUGAAGAUCCUGGUGGAGGAGGACAUGUUCAAAGUGGCGGUGGACGGCACCCACCUGCUGGAGUACGAGCACCGAGUGGGUGGUCUGGAGGAAGUGACUUUACUGCGAGUGGACGGAGACGUGGUCCUGUACAGCGCAGCCCCGAGCAUGAUCUGAGACGUCAGCCCAACAUUAUACUCGUGUGUUUGAAGGCCUUUCACAUACUUUGUUGCACUUGAUAAAAGUCAGAGGAGUGCAGUGAGUGGCAGGUGGCACAUGAAGCCAGGUCUGCAGACCGUGACCUUUUUUACACAAUGAUUUCCUCCAUGAUCGUACUGAAACGGGUACGGUACAUCUGAAACAGUUCAAGGAAAAGCUGAAGUAUACAAAAUGAAAGAAAUGAUAGGUGCAAAGUGUCCCAAACAUUUCAGUUGAUUUAUUCUGUCCCUUUCUAUAAACAAUGAAAGCUUUUGUUAUGCAUGAAGACGUGCUGCAGACGAUUCACUCGUCUCCUCUUCUGUWGGACACUUAGACUUCUCUGAACCCGUUUUCUGCAGGACAAUGAUUCUAUACAUUUAUAUAUAAAGUUUGCUAGUAGCUCUAAUAAAUAUUUAACAUGUUGAAGUCAAAACCUAGCGUGCAAAAUUCUGCAACCUAAAUGUGUGAAAUAGGAUUGAAGGAUUUUCCAGCUUGUUGCCAAAGAAGAGCUGCAGGAUUUCAUUUGAAUCGAAAGGCAACAAAAACUGACUGAAUAAAAAGUUGUUUGUGCUGCGUGCCUGUAUCUAUGACUGAUUUCUGUUUUCAUCAGUGUUUAGACGUCUGCAUGCUGCUUGUUCCUCCACUGUCAGAGCAGAGACAACAGCUACAGUUAGCUGCUCAGCUCUAAAGAAAAUUUAAUCUAUUUUUAGGAUCACAGGGUUCCUACACAUUUUUAUUAAAUUACAAUUUCCAUUAUUA